AUGGGAAAUACCGAGAGCAAUGUGACCAGCGGAGUCAAAAAACAGGCGGGCGUCUCAACCCAGGCGCUCUACAAAUUUGUCAAUCUCAAGGGCGGUGGCCUCUUGGUGGACAUGAUGAAACGUGCUUGCCAGACGAAACAGUUUGCCGAAAUCGAUCAUGCGAUCAAAACGAAGGUGGAACCCUUCUUAUAUAACAAGGGCGCUGGCCGUUAUUUUCCCAUAUCGAAGCUCGUGCUGCUGCGCAAUAGAGACAGACCCCGAACUCGACAAUUGCCCGAGAUACGCGCUCUGGAGAAUCCCGAUGAUGAUUUCAACAUACACGAUUAUUGUCCCGAAGUUUCCGAGGCGGAGUACAUCUCCAAUCCAAGUGCAUAUCGCUUUGUAUGCUGGGAUCUCAAUAUGCGCGGCGCUGUGGGUGAAACUAUCUUGCAUCUGUGUCUGCUCAACGCUUCCUCGUUGCAUGCGGAUCUGGCCAAGCGUCUGUUGAAAUUCUAUCCCAAGCUUAUUCUCGACAUCUACAUGAGUGACGAAUACUAUGGCGAGAGCGUGCUCCACAUUGCCAUCGUCAACGAGGAUCCGGCCAUGGUCAAGUAUCUGCUGGAUGCCAAUGCCGAUGUGCAGGAACGCUGCUGUGGCGCCUUCAUGUCUGCAGAGGACACGAAAGCCUCCCGCACAGAUUCUCCGGAUCAUGAGUAUGUGGCAUUGGCACCGAUGACCAACUACGAUGGAUACGUCUACUGGGGCGAGUAUCCGCUGAGUUUUGCUGCUUGUCUCUCACAGGAAGAGUGCUUUCGUUUGGUGCUCGCUCGAGGUGCAGAUCCCGAUUUCCAGGACACCAAUGGCAACACUGUGCUACACAUGCUUGUGAUCUACGAGAAGAUCGAGAUGUUCGACGUGGGCUACGAGGUCGGCUCCAACAUCCAUGUGAAGAACAUACAGAAUCUGACGCCAUUGACGCUGGCCGCCAAACUGGGACGCGUUGAGAUGUUCUUCCAUGUGAUGAGCAUUGAGCGUGAGAUUUAUUGGCAGCUGGGCAGCAUCACGUGUGCCGCGUAUCCGCUGCUGAUGAUCGACACUAUCAACGAGGAGACGGGCAACAUUAACAAGGAUUCGGUGCUCAACUUUGUGGUCUUUGGCGAUAAACUGGAGCACUUGGAGUUGCUCGAUGGCGUUGUCAUCGAUCUGCUCAAGACCAAAUGGGACACGUUCUGCAAGUCGCGUUUCUACAAACAGUUCUACAUGUUUGCCUUCUACUUUCUCAUCUCGCUGUUUAGCUUCAUUUUGCGACCAGGUCCCGAGGCCAAAGAUGAGGAUGACGAGGAUCAGGAUGGCACAUCCUUGCCAGCCUCAAAUGGCACCGCUCGCAACGAUCUCUAUGUCAAUGGCAGUCUGCUGGGAAAUCAACAUUCGAAGCGAGGCACUUCCAGCACUGAAUACAAAACCUUUUGGCUCAACUUCACUGAGUACUACGAUCCCAAUGAGGUGGAAACUCUGCCUGCUUGGUGGCAAACUUAUGCGCAGUGUCCUUUGAUGAAUCUGGAAUCGGAUUUGGCCAAGCUGCGCAUUAUAGCCGAGUUAAUCAACUUUGUUGGUGCAAUACUCUAUCUGCUUGUGGCUCUAAGAGAAGCUCGCUUUUUGGGCUACAAAAUGUUUAUCGAGAAUCUGAUGACAGCUCCAUCGCGAGUCAUGUUUCUGUUUUCCUGUGCUCUGAUGAUGACCAUUCCCUGGCUGCGAGUGUCCUGUCUAACCGAGAUCGAUGACCAUGUGACAGUUGUGAUUAUGUUGACCACAGCUCCUUACUUUCUGUUCUUCUGUCGUGGCUUUAAGACCGUGGGUCCUUUCGUAGUGAUGAUAUACCGCAUGGUGAUGGGAGAUCUGCUGCGAUUCGUUUCCAUCUAUUUGGUGUUUGUGAUGGGCUUCUCACAAGCUUUCUACAUUAUCUUUCUUACGUUCGACAAUCCCUCCACGCCCGAGGAUCAGGAUGCCGAAUCGAAUCCGAUGCCCUCGCCCAUGGAGUCGAUAGUGGCCAUGUUUCUGAUGUCGCUGACCAACUUUGGGGAUUACUACGGCGCGAUGGUGUCCACGCAGCAUGAAUACGAGGCAAAGAUACUGUUCUUUCUGUUCAUGGUGAUUGUGAGUGUGUUGCUGGUGAACAUGUUGAUUGCCAUGAUGGGCAACACGUACCAGAAGAUUGCCGAGAUACGCAACGAGUGGCAGCGCCAAUGGGCACGCAUUGUCCUCGUCGUGGAGCGAAGUGUGCCGCCAGCGGAGCGUCUGAAGAACUUUAUGCACUACAGCCAAUCGAUGUCGGAUGGAAGGCGAGCUCUGGUCCUGCGUCUCAAUAUGACCGACGAGGAGAAGGAGGAGAUGAAGGAGGUGCAGGAGAUGAAGCGCAUACAUCAGCGUUUCUCCAAGAAGCGGCAAAUGGAGCGCGAGUUGAGGGCGCGACGUCGUCAGCAGGAGUACGAGAAGUUCUUUGGCACCGCACCCAAGUCGGACAGCAUGGAGAACAACAAUCUAUGA